AUGGCAUGGAAAUCGCAGAGACAGUAUAAAAAGCUGAAGGAGGAAGAAACGGUCAACCGAAUAAGAGACGAAAGCAUGAAGGCAGCACUUGCGGAAGAGAAAAUAGAAAUAAAAGAAGAAGAGGCGCCAAAAAAAGAAAAGACAACAAAGCUUGACGAGAUUCACAAAGAAAACUUGCGAAAAAGGGAGGAGAGGCAGAAAGAGCUAGAAAGAAUCAACAAAAUCCGAGAAAAGAAGCAAAGGGAGAGAGAAGAAUGGAAGAAGAAAUUCAACAGACGCACAAAAAAAGGACAAAUCCCACUAGGUCCACGCAUAAAUUAUUUAUACCAAAAAAUACAAGACAUGAAAAAGAACAACUAG